UACACUUCGGAGCCAACCGUCAAUCCUGGUAAAUGAGUCUAAAGCAAGAUGGCGACGCCUCCGGUAAUCGUUCCUCGAAAUUUUGCACUUCUGGAAGAACUUGAAGAGGGGCAAAAAGGCGGUGAUGGGAUGGUUAGCUGGGGUUUGGUAGACGACAGUGAUAUGACUUUAACAAACUGGAAUGGUAUGAUUAUCGGACCACCUAGGACAGCAUUUGAUGGGCGAAUCUACAGUUUGAAUAUUCAGUGUGGCGAGCGAUACCCAGAACAGAAACCUGAUGUGAGAUUUAUAACACGCAUCAACAUGGUUGGUGUUGACAAGAACACGGGAGUUGUCUUGACAUGCCCAAUGUUGAAGUCCUGGAACCGAAAUUGUACGAUUAAAUUACUUUUAACAGAACUUAGAAGACUGAUGGCUCAAAAGGAAAAUAUGAAAACAUCUCAGCCUCCAGAAGGAUCCACUUAUACAUAAUGUGGAAACAGUCGGUAGAAAUAUUAGCAAAUGUAACUUUGUAUACUGGGAUUAUUUGAAAAUUUGUAUGAAUCAUUUUGAGUGCAUGAAUAUCUAUGUAAAAGCUGUUAAGUAAAUAAUUUUUGCAAGUGAAGAUGAAAGACAAGACAGUUGCAUGUUGUGUGAUAAGAGCCCCAUUUACACUACACUCAAUUUAUCAGCACAUCUAAAAUGGUUACCCCAUACCAAUUUCACCUGUGCUCAGCCUUCUUUUGGUAGCCUGAGCACAGAUUAGUAUGUUUACAACUUUUACUGUGUUGUGCCAAAAAAUUGAGUGUAGUGUAAAAAAAGCUUAGGUGACCAUACGUUUGUUGUCAUAAGUGUCUGAACUCCAUCAAAUAAGUAGUUGAAAUAGUUUUUAACAAAUGAACUUUAAAAAUUAGACAAAUGUAAUUUGUAUUAAGUUUGC